GGGGGACAAUGCAUGGUUCUUGCACUCAUGCCCCCCCUUCUCUCUCUCUCUCUCUCUCUCUCUCUCCUCGCCGGAAAAUCCUCCAAGAAGCAGCACUAAAACCUUCGACAUGAAACCCACCACAACCUCCCAAAAACCAACCCAUGAUUAAUCACCCCCGCCGCCGCCGCCGCCACGGCCACGGCCACGGCCGCCUCAUCUUCCUCGCCGUCAUCUUGCUCUCCCUCGGGCCAUCCGAGCCCGACAUCCGGACCGGCUACCGCGUCACCGUCGCGAUCCCUCCGGCAUACAGCCCCGGCUACGUCGGCCGGGCCUACCUGAUGGGGGCCGACGGCGGCGGGCCUCCUGCAUUCAGGGUCGCGCUGAGCGUGGAGGCGGGCGGCGGCGGCGGCGGGGGAAGCUACACGUGCGCGCUGGAGGUCUUCCUCGGGGACGUCAGGGUGUGGAGCUCGGGUCACUCCUCGCGCUUCUACGUGGAGGGACGGUGCGCGCUCGAGCUCGCCGCGGACGGCGACCUGCGGCUGAAGGGUCCCGACGAGCGGAUCGGGUGGCGGACGGGGACCUCCGGCCAGGCGGUCGAGAGAUUGCAGAUACAGGGCACGGGCAAUCUGGUUCUGGUGGACGCGUCGGACCGCAUCAAGUGGCAGAGCUUCAAUUUCCCGACCGACGUGAUGCUCUGGGGCCAGCGGCUCAGCGGCGCGACCCGGCUGACGUCGUACCCGGCGAACUCCACGUCGUUCUACUCCUUCGAGAUCGAACAGGCCAAGGUCGCCCUGUACUUGAACCAUGGCGGGUCCAAGUACUCUUACUGGGAGUUCGCCCCUUCCCUGAGCCGAAACAUCACCUUCGUCAAGUUGGGCACCAGGGGCCUGGAGCUGUUCAAUUACAAGUACAAAAAGAUCGCGCGCAUCACGGCCCCGCGAUCCGAGCCGCCCCGGUUCCUGGCGCUCGAUAACCAGACUGGCAACAUGGGGCUCUACUAUUACUCCCCCGGCGAGGGGAAGUUCGCGGCGUCCUUCCUGGCGCUCAACGCGACGUGUGACCUCCCGAUGUCAUGCCCGCCCUACGGCAUUUGCACCCUCUCGAGCGCCUGCUCGUGCAUCCGCCUGACCAGGAAGCGGGACGAGACCGGCCUGGACUGCGGCGAUGGAAUCUCGGGCGGGUUCUGCGGGGCGGGCCGUCCGGCGAUGGAGAUGAUCGAGUUGGACGGGGUGGACAGCGUGAUCAGGGACGGCCCGAAACGGGUCAACGUUAGCAAAGAGGAAUGCACGAGCCUGUGCACGGAGGACUGCGACUGCGCGGCCGCGCUGUACUCGUCGUACCUACGGGAAUGCUAUGUGUACGGGAUCGUGAUCGGGAUCAAGCAGGUGAACCAGGGGAGCGGGCUGAGUUACCUGGUGAAGGUACCGAAAGGGAGUCGCGGGCGGCGCGGCCGGUCGGGUUUGAAGAGAUGGGUUUUGGUUUUGGUGGGCGUGGUGGAUGGAUUGAUCCUGGCGGCGGUCAUCGGCGGGCUCGUGUAUUAUUUGAUUCGGAAGAGAAGGAAGAGGUCGUCGGGAGGAGCUAGGAAUGACUCUUGAUUGACUUGCCUUGUGAUUUUUCGUGCUUUUUUUAUUGAAAAAUCAGAAGGCAAAUAGAAAAUGUUUGUUCAUUGAUAGAGGGCAAAAAAAAAUUUUUCCUUUUUUUUGUGGGUGGUUCUUGGGUGUUCAUUUUGUGUUAACAAAAUUCUUUAGAUGGGCAAGAUGUCCUUGAUGGUGUGAAGCUCAAUAGACAGAGGAAAUGUGAUUUCUUGGUGCAAAA